AUGGCGUCCGCGUCGCACAACCCGUAUCUUCGAUCUCCCAACCCCUCAGCGCGGCCUUACGACUCGUCCGCCGCCUCGUCGGCCACGUCGCCCAAGGCAGGGGAGCAGUACCUCGGCGGCCUCGUGAGAUCGAAUGCACACGAUAGCAGCGCGAUCCCGAGCGCGAGAGCGAGCCAGCCGCCGCCGCCGCCUUCUCACCCCCGAGCUAUCCCACCACCCCUCCCCUCAGCUCACCAUCCUCCGCCCGGCCCUUUCCAGCCUUACACGCCUGCUACGUCGGCGACGACGUCAUACAUGGAGCGGGAAUCCCUGCCGUCGAACGAAUCGGUGGCCGGUACGCCCCGGCCGUCGCAUGCGCACCUUCCGGCGUCCCGCAGCAACAGCAUGCAGGCCCAGAAGCGGGCGUACCGGCAAAGGAGGAAGGACCCGAGCUGCGAUGCGUGCCGGGAGCGGAAGGUCAAAUGCGAUGCGACCGAGACCACCAGCUGCUCGGAGUGCUCAAGCCGGGGCGUCAAGUGCCAGUUUACCAAGGAGACCAACCGCCGCAUGUCGUCCAUCAAGCAGGUGCAGGACCUCGAGAAGCAGAUGGAACGGAUCCGGCGCGAGAACAGCAGCCUCCGCCGCAUGCUGCAGGAGCGCGACGGCCGCCAGUUCGACAUGGACGUGGACGGCGUCGAGCAGCUGCCCCUGCAGCUACCGGAGAUCGGCCAGCCCCCGAAGCGCAAGAAGCGGCCGGCGGGCCUCCACAACCUCGCUCGGGUCAGAUCCAAUCUGCGGAACUUUUCGCGGGGGAUUUGGAAGCCGCCGGUCCCCUACCGGCAGGCUGCGGCCCCCGAGCUGAGAGACUUCCAGCACUCCCUGCCGCCGCGGCAGACCACCGAGGCGCUGCUGCGGGCCUACUACGCCUCGACACACUCGAUGACCCCGAUCCUGCACUGGACCACCUUCACGCAGACGAUCGACGACAUCUACCGCCAGGGGAACCCGCUGCGCGUCUCCCAAGCCUUCAUGUCGAUGUUCUUCGCCGUCUUGGCCGUGGGCAGGCUCUUCACUGCAGAAGACGAGCAAAACCGCGUAUAUCCGGCCCCGGCGCUGCUGGAGUCGGCGCGGUUGAUGAUCGAUCCGUGGUGCAACGACUUCGACCUGGACCACGCCCGCGCGCUGGUGUUGAUCACGAUCGCCUUGAACGAGCUGAACCUGAAGUCGGCGGCGUGGAGCUGGCUCGGGAGCGCGGUCAGGGUGGCGCAGGACCUUGGUCUCCAUGCCGAGCCCGCGACGGCGUCCCUGAUCGAGAACGAAAUGCGCCGGAGGACAUGGUGGACAAUCUACAUCCUCGACCGGAGCCUGGCCGUCGAGCUCGGGAGGCCGAUGCUGAUCGACGAUUCCGACUGCGACGUCUCGUUGCCGGCAGCGAUCGAUGACCAUCACCUGUCGGAACGCGGCCAGCGGCUUCCGGAUGGCGUCGAAGCGCUCACCCACUCGCUCCUCGCCAUCGUUCAUGUCGUGCGCUCCUACCCGGCACUGGGAAGGGCCCUCGCGUCGCCCGUCAUCGCGCCGACGCGCCUGGCGACAUUCGACCAACACUUCGCCGCGUGCCGGCGCACCUUUCCGCCGGCCUGCAACCCCGCGAGCUCCGCCGCCCUGAUACCCACUUUCCUCAACCCCCUGACCUACCUCCUCCACGCUCGCCUGCUCCUGCACCGGCACAACCUGCUUCCAUCAUGCCCUCCCGAUGUCCGGCUAAUAGCCAUCGAGCAGUGCAUGCACACGGCGCUCGAGACGGCCGCGCUUUUGUCACGCACCUCCACCGCCUCGCUCGCCGAGGGCGCCACCGCCCUCCUCACCACCCACGUCUUCCGCUGCGCCCUGAUCCUGCUUCUGACGGGCUGCUUCGAGCAAGCAGCCGAAUGCACCCGGGCUCUCGCCGCCAUCAACAACCACCGCGACGUCGCCGUCCCCUGCGGCCGCUUCCUCGCCUUCUUCAUCUCGGCGCUGUCGUCUCGACGAGCCGAGAUCGCAGCCUACCUCUCGCAGCAGCAGGCUCCUCCGCCCGCCGCGCAGCCGCCGUCGCCGUACGGACCGCCACCGCCACCGCCGCCGCCGCCACACGGCCCUUCGCCCGCGGCCGUGCACGACGCCCUGAUGCGCGACGAGGAGCUGCUCGCGUACGUCAGCGCCGACAUGCAGGCGGGGCUCGACACCGCCUGGGUUUGGGCUGGCAGCACCGAGCGCGAGCCGACCGCGCCGCUGCCGGCGCCGGCGCCGGCGCCCGGCAAGCUCAGCCUGUACAGCGCCGAGGCGAGGUCCGGGCUGACUGGCGAGGAGCGGUGGGAUUGGGGCCCCGGCAUGGCCGGCUGGGAGAGGCUGGAGAGCGAGUUGCGGAGGCUCGCCAGCGGCGAGCUGGGGCCGGCCGCGGGCACGACUUCGGCCGCGGCGAUACCGAACCCGCCGGUGCAGGCACAGGCACAGGCGCAGCAUCAGGGGUGGAAUGCUGCUGCUCCUGCUGCUGCUGUUCCCCCGCCGGCGUUGCCGCCUCUGUUGCCGCAGCACCAGCACCAGCAUCAGCAUCCGCCUCCGCACCAGCCUCAGCACCAGCACCAGCCUCAUGGGGGUAUCAAAGUGGAGAUGGGAGCGCAGGAUGCCAGGAUGGAGAUGGCCGCGUUGCCGCCGAUAGCGGCGCCGGGCCAGCGGCCGAACCAGGGCCGCGCGUCGGUCAGUCCGACGGCGGGGACCAGCGGGAAGAGCAAGAGCCAGGAGAGGAUCAGCAUCGCGAAUAUCAUUUGA